GUAGUUGUCCAUGAGGUCGUCGAGUUUCAUCUGGUGCGAGGAUCCAAGCCUGGAUGUUUUCAUAUUUUUAGCCAGAAUAUCGGACUAGAUUUGGUCAGUAGUCGGAAUUUAUAAAAUAGGCCUACUCAACAAAGGAAAGUGGAAAGCAGAAAAAAUAUUUGGAUCUUCAUCAAAUGCUUACAAAGAAAAAAAAACGGUUUCUCUCAGAAGGUUGAUUUCUCGUUGAUAUUCAGUGAGUACAUUCGCAAGUUUUGGGCGCCCCUCCUUUUCAUUAAAUGAGAGAAGAUACUUCGCAUCAGUAAUCAAACAACCUUAAAUCACCGUCCAAGCUGAGUUCGUGUAGAGCACAACUGAGUGCUUUCUGCCCUUGACCGGAGAUGGCGCCCUGGUUCUAUCAGCUCAUCUCUUCUGUCCCACUCCUCUGCAUCGUUGGCCUCACCCUGGGCUAUGUUCCCGUCAACGAGCGACCCGUGCGCAUCCCUGAUCGGACCCGCCCCAUCGACCGCCCAUCGCCGAUCUCUCGUUAUCCUUCAAGGCCGCUAUCCCAUCAGCCGGGGCCGAGCAUCCGGAGCACAUCCACAUCCAACUUUCCUUUCCUUGUGAUGGCCGGCGUCAACAGACGUCUGGAUGCUCUGGAGGUCCGCAACACGGACACAGAAAGGGAAGUCGACGAGUUGUCAGUGACAGUCUCUGAAGUACAAGACCAGAUCGAGGAACUUCAUACUAGGAUGUCAGAAGAGCACCCUCCACAACCUCAAGCUUUCUCAGAGCUCCGCUCAGCCAAUGUGGACCUAGAGACACGCGUAUCCAAGCUGGAGGCCGAGAACGAGGAGCUUCGAGAAUUCCUUGUAUCCUUUGAGCUGUUCUUCAACAGGCUGAUGAGUGCUGAUCCUGCUGCCUACGAUCCCAAUGAUUCACCACCUAGGAGACUGUCUAGGCUUCAUCAGUAUUUGGGCAACGCCGAAGCAGAGCUGAUCGAUGUCAGUAGACCUACCUUACUGACCACCCGUAAUGUCGACGACGUGAUCGAGCAGGACAACAUCGACGACGUCCCGACAGCUGGGAAGAUUCCGGAAGUCAUCGAUCACUGGGAAACCGUGCAAAUCUCCGUCGCCAGGAAUCAAAAUGCUACCGGUUCCUUGAACCCCACCCGAAAAGGGACCCCAUCCAGGGUUGCCCCUCGACCUGCUCCAGGCAUGACCAUGACAUCACAAGGAGUGGAUUCCUCAAGGGUGUCUCAGUCUCCAGAAAGAGGAUCGGGUGUCCAUCUCUCGACCCUUGAGGCUGACCGGCUGGCUGUGGCGCUGGAGCAGCUGGAGACCCGAAACCAAGAGCUCACCACACGGCUACAGACCCUCGAGAGAAAAUCUUCCGAUGAGGGCGCCUUCACCUCUCAAGCCUUUGGAACGUCUUCAAACGUGAACGCAAAUGCUGUCACAGAAGAGCUCCUGAACAAGGUGGAAAUUCUCGAGCAAGUGGUUGCGCUUCAAGCCUCAUCUCUUCUGGAGGACACACCUACUGCAGAUGCUGUCCGCCCAAGAGAUCCGGGAGCAAUCACCGGCUCCAAGGUUUAUUCAGCGAGGGAUUCAUCGGGCGAUGGAGCCACCAGGAGCAGGGUAUCCUCCACCAGUAUGAAGCAGGAGGAUGUUGCUAUCAUGCAGGGAGUACUGCAGGAGGCGCGUCGGUCCGGAUCAUCAUCUUCCAGGAAAAGUGCGUUCUCGGUUGCCAGGACAACGCCUUUGUUAGGCUCAGACGAUCACCAGCAAGUUGAAUUCGAUCACGUCUUCGUAAACAAGGGGCGGGAUUUUGCCCAAAGAAAUAGUACAUUCAUCUGCGAAAGGCCGGGCUUCUAUUUCAUCACGUUUCAUCUUCGGUCAUACGAUGGGCUCUACCUUGGGGUCAGUCUCAUGAAGAACGACGAGAUCGUCAGCGCCAUCUUCACCGACGCCCACCAGAGGAACGUGAUGGAAGGACAGAGCGUCAUUCUCCACCUGGAGCCCGGCGACGCCCUCUAUCUCCUCCUCGGUCCCUCACCCGACUUCGGCCUGCACAGCAACCAUCGUAAAUAUGUCACAUUCAGCGGAUUCAUGAUCUACGGCGGCUACUGAAAUGUAAAUUUAAAGCCAGGGUGUUAAAACUGACGCCAGUAGGUGUUCCUAGAUGACAAUAUCCUGAGGUGUUUAAGUUACACCCUAGAGAUUGAACAUCACACCAUAGCGUGGAAAAGUAACAACCAAACGCGUUGCAAGAAAACACCAAUAAAUGGCGAACUAACACCAACUAUUUAGCACCGGAAUAAAAUAAAGGUGUUGCUCUUUACAAACACCUCACCAACACCGCCAUUUUUGCUGUGAUAGACAUGAUAAUUAGUCGACUCAUGCUGUUGACGGAUUUUGACAUCGGACUUGUAUAUAAGGAAAUUAUUGCAUAAGCUGAAUAAUCAGUGAAAACGAUGCGUGACAAAAAUAUAGCAUUUAUUUGGCAAGGAUAGAUAAAACUUCGUUAUAACAGUAAACUGGCCAUAAAUUUUGUGUGCUUUAUUUUAAAUCUUCUUUUUAUAUUUAAAUGCAAGUAUGUAAAUAAAGAUUUUGCUAAUACCA